GGAGAGGCGCUCGGCUCGGCCCUCUGUCCGCACACCGGUGCCGAGCGCUAAGUAGGUAAGCGGCCCGCGCCUUCCCCAAGCGCUGCUAUUCUGUUGCGUCUCGCGUUUCUCGGUGGAAACGCCGCGUGCUGGUGUCUGGGGCGGCUGAGGGACGGAGGGCGGCGGGGAGGUGCGGUCGCAGGAGGACGGGAGAUGCUGCGUCCCUGCACGGCGGUGUGGCAACGAGGUGCUUCUUCAGGGCUGCUGACGGCAACGUGUGGUCUGCGUUCUGAGAAACGUUUUGCCGUUUGCUUCACAAACAUGCGUCUGCUAACAAGCCCUAAGCUGAGCCUGAUUGAAAACCGAGGGACGGCGUGGUAUUUUGUGCUGUAGGCAACUGUUGCUUCAUUCUGACGAGCCUGACCAGCUGCCUAGAUGGAGCCUGGGGCAGCGAUAGGCGCUGUGCAGCCACGGUUCCUCAGGGCUUCGGGUGUCCAGCACUGCCUUGUAACCACUGCACAGGAGAGCACUGGGGAAGCAGCGUGGCCUUGCUCAGGUGCUCAGAGAUGCUUGCAGGCUCAGACCUCUUGUGGCAGUGUUUCAGGCUGCGUGCCAGCGGAGGGCUGUUUCUUGGGUUAGUUGCUGUUGGGGUUAUUCUCUGUCUGCUUUCUUGGCUCGAUGAAGAGAAAAGCAACUUGUGGUUAACUUGCAAGAAUAGGAACUGUAGUAAUCACUUCUUUCCACUUCAUUUUAUCAUUGUAACUCUCCGAAGUUGCUUCCUCUUUGCGUUACAGUAUAAGCUGUUAUUCAAAAACACUUAUCCCAGUUAAGGGGGAGAUGAAUGGUAAUUUUUCCUGCCCCAGUUUGACUUUCAGCCUCCUGAAUAAGUUGCCUCCCUUGGGAUGUUUCUUCAUCACAUUCAGGUACUAAAGUCACAGUGUGAGAUAUAAUUUGUAAGUGGUCUGUGCAGACCUGCCGGCACCACCAGGAUUAUCCUGAAAGUGGUGAUAAGUGAGAGCCUGCGAGAGGAUGUAUACUGAGGUGUCUCCUACAGUGUCUUGCAUGGUCUUUAAUUUAAGUAAUAAUUAAAAAAGAAGAAGAAGAAAGAGUUUUUCUUUCUGGAAGAGAAUUUUCUCUACUUUGGUAUUCCAAGAGGAUCCUGACGAUGUUGCUCAACUCACAGCUACUGCAGAACUGAGUCUCUGGUCUGGUGAAUUUUAACACUUUACAAAUAUUGACAACCUACAGGAGACGCAGGCAAACAUCAGUGCUCCACUUUAUUUCUUGUAAGCUGCACUGGUUCCUUGAUCUCUGUCUGUUGUCAGUUCUUGUGCCAGAUUUCCGCUAGUGAUGCUAGAUCUGUCUCUGCUUAUGAAUGCAGGCUGGCAGUGGGCUGCAGGCAGCUCCUCCUGGCACAGCUAAUAGCAGAUGAGGCAGCACUAUUCUUAAAAGCUCUGUGCUUAUUGGCCUGCAGUUCCCAGCAAUGAAGCUGUGACUGAGCUUUCAAGGAUCAAAAUCUUAAUCUUCAGUCCUUGAACAGAAGAUGAUAUAUUGUAUGCAGCCAAAGACAAGCUCUUGCCUUUCAGAUAUAUGUACUCAUUUUAGCGUUGUUUGACUAGUUAAUUUCUUAUGCAUACUGUGUGAACAGUUCUGUGUAGACUACACAAGGCUUUGGUUUUGGAUCUGCUCAGCAUUGUUGAUUGCAUUAAAAGCUGUGAAAUGAAGACACUUCUGCUUACGUGAGAGGCCAGACUGAAGCCCUAGGUGUGAUAAGGCUGUAUGCCAAAUCUGUGAUUGGUUAGGUAAUCCCACUGCAAUUAUGUAAUGCGUGCAUCUCAUUGCAGAUGGGACUGAGGGAAAUAUUCACUGUGAUAUGCAGCCCACCAUACAAGAGCCUGCAUUUCUGGAAAACAUCCAUCGCUCUGUGAUAGAUAAUCUGUGGUACAUGUGAGUGUUUUGGGCUGUAUACAGCUCUGGAGCCGAAGGGGUGAUUCACAUCUCAGCCUUCCAAGGAGCACCAGCAGCAGCUUUGCCACAGUGUGCCAUUUCUCUCUUUGAAACUCAUGUGAUUCAUGAGAAAUUGUGCCUGGCUGACUUUUACAGAGGCCCUUGGAAUGAAUUUCAAGGUGAGGAUAGCCUGGAGGGAAGCACAGGAAUGUUUGUGGCACUCUAUAAAAGAUGGUUGUAGGCUGUGUGGCAUGUAUAUCCAUGUCAGUUUUGAUCUGGUGUUGGAGAUAGGGAUUGAGCACGUGCUGCUGACUGGUACAACCAGAGUCAACCUGCUGCACGCUCAUUUGAGUGAGUCCUGGGUUAUGAAACAGCAGCAACUCCAUAAAUAAUUUAAAUAGGGAGGAAAGAGAGGCAUUUAAACAAUUCUAGCACAAUUUUGGUUUCAAAGAAUUUGCUUAUAGAGCUGUAUUGAUAGACUUGCCUGCAAAUGCCUGGUCUGUAUGAGGAAACAGCCUGCGUGGCUUAAACUGCUCCUCAGGAGGGAGAGAGGGGAAGAAGUUCUAACUGCAAUUAGCUACUAGAUAGCUGUGUGAGGCUGAGGCUUCUGUAGGGAUCAUUUUGAACAUGUUGUGUUGCAGAGAGUCUCACAUCUGCACAGUGCUGCAAGCUGGAGGAAUUUGAGCUAGGACUGUUCCAAAACAACCGCUUUUUACCCUGCAGCUAGGGUAGAAAGUGGCCAGCUUCUAUCAGGAAUUCAGCCCUGGAAAUCUCUUGAUGUGCCAAAACAAAGUUUGGCUCUCUUUUGAGAAUUUGCAUGUCCUAACUACUUUCUUAAAUUUUGCUAGUAGAAGUGGUUUGUCAUUUGCUUUACUUACUGCUAUUUUUUCAUUGUUCUCCAGCAGAUAAUUCUUUGAGUUGACGUCCUAAAUAAAUCUAGGUGAGUGUGUCUUCUAUUAUGUUUUUUUUAAACAUACAACAUUUAAAGCAAGCCCUGCUUGGAGUGACAGCCAUUUUUCCUGGGAAGAAGAGAUAGCCAAGGCUGCUGGACGGAUCCGGAUGCUGCAACUGCUGAGGCCAGGUGAAUUACAACAGCAUCACAGAGUUGUUUACCAAAAGCUUUGGGCGUAAAUAAAUGUCAUGAGUCAAAGGCUUUAUGCUACACAUGAAUGUGUGUGCGCGCUGGAUGCAAGGGUGUGAAGUAGGGCAUACAAGAUCUCAUCUUUGCUCUAAGCUGAUUUAUUUGCUUUUGUAGCUGGCUGUUGUAUUCUCUCUGCUCCCUGUGGACAGGAAAAUAAAGGGUGGGGAGGCUCCUAAACCCAAUUUUAGUUUUCACGGAUCCAGCCACAGUGCUGUAAGAGGCACUGGUUUGAGGAUGGAGAACCUCAGUUUUGCCACUGAGCUGUUAGAUUAUUUACAGCAGGCAAGUCAGUCUGCCUUUCCUUUAGCUGCCGUCUCUACAAAACGGGAGAAAACACUUUGACUUCCUCUCAAGAGUACUUUAGGAUUUAGACUUGUCAAAAAUUAAUUUGUAAAGUUAGCACUAGUGUGAUGAAUUGGAUCAUUGGUUGUUGUCUCAUGUGGAUCCCUCAUUAACUGGAAAGUGCAUCAUUAGCACAAGAUAACAAAAAACUGGGAGAGGCUGAAGUUGCACAAGGCAAGAUGCAAGCCUGAAGGGUGCUAAGAUGACUUAUUUCCUAUACAUCUUUCUUGAGGGUAGGGAGCACCUUGCAAAUAAUUUUGUACAGGUGUGGAGAAGCUACAGUCCUUGGUCAAAUUUGUCUGCCUUGUCAAACACAUAGUUCUUGUAAGGGCUAUUCCUUCUAUGUCCGUUAUAAGGAAGAACAGGAGUGGUAAGAAAUACAGACUGCUUCCCAGUAAUGUUAGGAGAAGAUGUAAAGCCACUUUCCAGAGACAAAAUUGUCAUCACUAGGGUGUGUCUUAUGUUGAUGCAAGCCCGGCUAUGUUAGUGGGGAGGCCUAGAGUAAAUAGACAACUCCUUGCAUCCAUGGAACUGCUCUGGACAUUGUUUGGAGGUGAGAGGUAAUUUUACACUGGAACAAAUUAAAGGGGUAGUGUCUCUGUGGAUGCACCCAGACUGAGGUCAUUACCUAGUCUGUGUUGGCACCCCUGUAUGCCUGGGCUAACUUCAGUAUGAAAACUGGGCUUCUUUCUGAAAGAAACUACAUGUAAAUCAGCUGGCAUGUGUAACGGAACUGUAGAAGUUGCCCUUACAGGCAGCACAUUGUUAGCCCAGUAAAUGCUGUCCCUUUUAUGGGUAUCAAAACCAAAAAGGAUUCUGGUAUUGGUUAGAAAUAAGUAGGGCAGUUUUUCUGAGUCUUUUGAUGAGCUGUUUUAAACAUUAGCAUCUGCAUGGGGAAGAAACACAAAAGUAGUUGAAAGUCAGUGAAUGCCAUAUUCUUUCUGGGCUGAUCAGUAAUGGGAAAAGAGCUCUUGUUAUUUCAUGAUAGAUUGAGUGCAUACAGCUUACACUGUAAAAGAAUAUGGAAACAAGUUGUUGUUUGGUGGCUUAGAAUUUUUGAUGUGUGAAGAAUGAGUCUGUAGAAGGAUGUACAAAGGAAAAAUCAAUACUGAUAGACUUUGAAAAAUUUUCCCUGCAACACCAUUAUAGAUGAAUAGGAGCUUCAUAUAAAUGAAUAGAUAAACUAGGUAAGUUUGCGUUUACCCCAAAGCAAAGGAUUUUGUAACUUUUGUCUCUUACCCCUUGGAAAUGGAUGUACAACCCUGAGUAACUGUGGGAGGCAUCUUUUUGGCAGAGUAGGAAAACCAUUUUGGGCUUAAAUUUACAGCAGAGUAUUCACAAAAGAAGACUUGAAGACAGACUGCAGUGAUAGGUCUGGAUUAGGGCAAGAGCUCUGAGUCAUCUGUUUAUAAUUGAAUAAAUGCUUAUGAAAGUACAGAGGCAGAGGAUGUAGUGAAACAGAAGAGGAACGAGCCCUAUCAGCACCACAGGAUUUUGAGGGAUCCUCCCAUGUAAAUGCUAUAAGAACAAGUGGAGAUGGGAGGCGAAUUAGGAGGAGUUCUAAUUGCAAAAGGUAUGGGAAGGGCAAGAUCAAGAAGAAAAGGAUGAUUAGAAUGUAUGAUGGUCACAAAGGAUGAACUUAAGCUUUUGGUAAGAGCUAUUUCAGGGGGAGGACUGGGUUAAAUGAGAUCUAAAGAGGAAAGUAAAGGAGGGCUCCUGACCAUGCUUGGAGCCUGUGUGUGUGGAAGCAAAAAUGAAAUAGCAGUAGGUAAAGGGAAAUCGAGGGUAGGGUUUUAAUAUUGGAAAUGUAAUGUGUGUUUUUAUUGCAAAGGAAAAAGAACCAAGUAAGAUAUGAAUCAUGGAGGACAUAAGAUGUCAUAGGGCAGGCACAGGGAAUUAGAAAAGAAAAUUUACAGUUUGAUAAUUGGAAGCAAAAAGAAUGUGAGACUGUAUUUGGGAAUGGAGUUGACGAGGUAAGUAAGAUUACAAGUUAUAAGUAAGCUAAUGAACACGUGAAGAGUUGUGUGCUGUCCUAAUAGAGAUUUAACUAGACUUCUAAUUUCAGUCUGGCAAGAUAAGGAAUAUAUACUGAGAACUUGGCCAUUGCUGUUUUCUGACUGAAGAGGGCUGAAGGGCUAUGAUUUCAUCUAAAUGUUGUUUAGAUCCUAAAAUAAGAACAAAAAGUCCUGCUGUUAUAGCUCCUCUCCUUCCAGCAGAUGUUUUUUUCUUUUUCCAUUCCCAAACUACAUUUAGUUUUAACAUACAGUAUUAUCCUUAAAUUUCAAGCUGAGCUCUUCAGAGAUUUUUAGCCUCUAUCAUUUGUCUCGUUGGGUUGUGUGAACCUGCAAGAACAUGUGAGAACAGAAUGAUUUUUCAGCUUUCUUAUUUCUCACUUUUAUUUCUCUAUAUCCACUUGUUAGCCUCAUUGUUUGUUUUUCAUGCUCUUGUAAGCUAAGCUCUUCUGUCAACAAGUUAGAUAGCAUAAACUUUCACCAACACAUUUUGAGAAGUUAAUGAAUAUCUUUCUUUGUUUUGCAGAUGAGAUCACUGAAUGCUCUUUUUUUGAAAGAGGAAGUCAAAGGAAAUGGAUAGCUAUUCUGACUUCAGUGCAAAGAACCUGUCAUCAUCAGCUAAUAUGUCUAUCUCUUUGCCAGAACAAGUUGGACUCAAUGUCACCGAUGGUCCUCCUUCUAUGUCAAUAAGCAGGCUUUUUCCAGCCCUAUUAGAAUGCUUUGGAAUAAUUCUUUGUGGCUAUAUAGCCGGAAGAGCCAACAUUAUCACAUCAACUCAAGCUAAAGGACUAGGAAAUUUUGUCUCCCGUUUUGCACUCCCAGCUUUACUAUUCAAAAACAUGGUGGUACUUAACUUUUCUGAUGUAAAUUGGUCCUUCCUGUACAGUAUCUUAGUUGCCAAAGCUGCCGUGUUUUUCUUAGUCUGCAUUCUAACGUUAUUGGUAGCCAGUCCUGAGAAUCGAUUUAGCAAAGCAGGUUUGUUCCCUAUUUUUGCUACACAAAGCAAUGACUUUGCACUGGGAUACCCAAUAGUUGAAGCUCUAUACCAAACCACUUACCCAGAGUAUCUCCAGUACAUUUACCUAGUGGCUCCAAUAUCUCUUAUGAUGCUAAACCCUCUGGGUUUUAUCUUCUGUGAAAUCCAGAAGUGGAGAGACAAUCGCACUGUGUCCCACAGCAAAAUCAAAAUAGUGGGCCUAGCACUCCUUCGAGUUCUGCAGAACCCAAUUGUGUUCAUGGUCUUCAUAGGAAUUGCUUCAAACUUUAUUCUUGGCCAGAAAAUUCCUGAUUACCUUGAAAAUUUCCUUGAUGGACUGGGCAGUUCAUUUUCUGGCUCUGCUCUUUUUUACCUUGGACUAACUAUGGUGGGACAAACAAAAAAACUGACAAAGGGUAUGUUUGUUGCACUGAUCCUUCUCAUCACAGCUAAACUACUUAUGAUGCCAUUUCUCUGUAGAGAAAUGGUGGAACUCCUGGACAAGAGCAGCACAGUCAACCACACCAGUUUAUCGAACUAUGCAUUUCUUUAUGGAGUUUUUCCAGCAGCACCUGGUGUUGCAAUAUUUGCAACUCAAUUUAAUAUGGAAGUAGGAAUUAUUACCUCAGGCAUGGUGAUAAGCACUUUUGUGUCUGCACCCAUCAUGUAUGUUUCUGCAUGGCUUUUGACCAUUCCAUCUAUGGAUCCCAACCCACUGGCAUCUGCGCUCCAGAAUGUUAGCUUUGACAUAAGUAUUGUCAGUCUUGUUUCUCUGAUUUGGUCUCUCAUUGUUGUUCUUCUGAGUAAGAAAUACAAACAGCUUCCUCAUAUGAUUACAACAAAUCUACUUGUUGCUCAGUUUAUUGCUUGCAUUGGAAUGGUGAUAUGGAAUUUCACCAUUAAACAGAAAGAUGUAACUGUGCAGAUCCUAAUAUUUAUAUUUCUCUACAGUUCACUUUAUAGCACCUACCUGUGGACAGGGUUUUUAUCUUUCUCUUUGUUUCUGUUGAGGAAGAGAGAAACAGUAAAGAUUCCCAUCGGGUUUAUAAUCAUAGCUGGAUGGGGAGUUCCAAUGCUUCUGGUGGGAAUCUUGUUAAUAGUUGGUGAACAUAACAGCACUAGCAUUGACUCUGCCUUUUUCUAUGGAAAACAUCAGAUAAUCACCACAGCAGUGGUCCUGUUCAUCAGCAUAUUGAUGUCAGGCAUCUCACUUAUGUGCAUGAACAGAAAUAGACAAGAGUCGAACUAUGAGGUACUGAAUCCAUAUUCACCUCAUGGCCAAGUGGAAGGGAACGAGGGGAAUCAAGUUUCAGCCACUGUGCCUCAACCUUCUGCAGGGUCUUCUGCACAACCUUCUCCUGCACAAUCUUCUGCAGGUUGUUCUGCACAACUGUCUGCAGAAAGAGGUUGCUGUUCUUGCCAAACAACAAAUGGGGAAAUAUCCUGUGCUAAGGAGGACAAAGCAGUGCCAAAUGCUGUUGAAAACAAGGUUCCUUCAAUUGAGACAGCUGAUCAGUGUGUGAAUCAAUGUAGUGCUCAGACCUGCGUACUGGCUCAGGAAGAACAGCUUCUACAGACUGGAGACAAACAGCUGGCCAGACAUGUGCUGCUGUGCUUGCUUCUUGUUGUUGGCCUUUUUGCUAAUCUUUCCAGCUGUUUAUGGUGGCUGUUCAACCAAGAACCUGGAAGACUGUAUGUGGAAUUGCAGUUCUUCUGUGCUGUGUUUAAUUUUGGUCAGGGCUUCAUUUCCUUUGGUAUUUUUGGCUUAGAUAAGCAUUUAAUCAUUUUGCCAUUCAAGCGAAGGCUUGAAUUUCUCUGGGGAGGCAGAGAAGCAGAAGGGCAUGCAGAUCCCACUCUACCUGAGGAAAUCAGGAUGACCUGUCAACAGUUUGUUCAUUAUCAUAGAGAUCACUGUGUCAAAAGCAUUGUCAAAGGCAGAAGGUGUGGUGCAAAGACCUCCACUGGCAUCUUCUUUGGCUGUGAUCUGGUGAACUGGCUCAUCCAAGUUGGCCUCGCCUCUGACCGUGGUGAAGCUGUGAUGUAUGGAGACAGACUGAUGAAAGGAGGUGUCAUCCAACAUAUUACAAAUGAAUUUGAAUUUCGGGAUGAAUAUUUAUAUUACCGCUUUGUUCAGAAGAGAGCAACUACAGCUGAGAGCCAAUGACCUGAGCUUGUAGACAGAGGGCAGGCAAGCAGGGGUAAAUGUGACCAUCUCUUCUGGGUUUGCUGCUGAAACUGGAAGUGUUUCUUUCUCAGGGCUCCUGGAGAAUCGUAUUACCUUCUCGUGUAAAGUUAAGAAAUGUGGUUCUACUUCUGUCUAUUCUGAAGCAAAUGAUAGCCAGUCUCAGUGAGCACUAAACCAGAAGGCAACUACAUCAAAACAAGGUACUCUGGAUUUCUUCCAUUUUCAGCAAAACAAAUAGUAAAAUAGUAUGUGUCACUGACAUAGUAUACAUACACUUAUAAUAGCAACUUUAGUACUAGACUGGUGCCACUGGAAUGAAAAAUAGUUUUCUACAAAGAUACUGCAGAAACAUACAAAAAUAAUCCCCACUCCUCAAAUUAGGAAACAAUAAUGUAUUCUUACAUAAACAGCUGGUUCUGAAGUUUUACCUUUUAGUGGUGGUAACGGCUUUGUCAAGAGUGGAUUUUUACUUUCUGGAGUAAGCCUCCAUUAUAAUUCAGAAGUGCCAGCCUCAGACAGAGAAUGCGUAGAAUCCUAGGACACCUGUGCAAGUCAAGACCCAACAUUUUAUCAAGCCAUGAGAUCUUUUAAGUAACAUGCAUUGACUUCUAAGUCUAUUCUAUAAACAAGACUAAUGGAGCAUCCAGGUUAAGGUUUACAAAAGCUGGAGAUAUUAGAAUGUUAUUAUUGAGCAUGUAACUGAAUUUUCAAAUAGGCCUCAGGUAUCCCUCUGUGAUGUUAAGUGGUUAAUCCAGUGUCAUUCAGAUUCUCAUGCACUGAAAGCAGAAACUUCUAGAGUAUUUUGAAGAGGUUAAAGACAAACUGCAGUAUCUGAUAGCCAUUACACUGCUAGGAAAAGCAGUUCUAAUGCUGAAAGAAUGGCAUUUAUUUGUCUAUAAAAAUAUUAUAUAAUGAGGGAAAAGAACAAAAAUACUAAAAAAGUAUUUGCACAUCUGGAAUAGUAAAGCAAAUGACUUUUUAAAAAAGCGUCCUUUAAUUUAAUUUUAUUUUUUAAACACAGAUUUUAUUACAGCUACUUAUGUGUAAACUUUGUAUUAAGAACUGAAAAUGAUUUUAGCAGCAUAAACUAUUGUUCAGGAAACAGUCAUUUUAUGGUAGCUAUAACUUUGCAAAAGAUUUCAGUCUUAUUGCGUAUCUUCAGUGUACUCUGAAACAUAACUAUAUACGUGUGCUACACAAACUGACAUAUUUUAAUGUUUCCAGCAACAAGAUAAUUGAUACUUGUACUGGGCUGUGGCCACAAAAAAAAACCCAAUAGUUUUAUUUCCAUUAGAAUUGCUGAAGACAUCAGACAUUUUGGAAUGACUAGAUAUACAUGUCUAAAGAGCAGAAGCUAUGUGUCUGGCUUCUAAAUAUUGUAACUUAUUAAUAAAUCUGAUACUGAUUUCAGA